GCUUUUCCAAGGCUGAUGUUUGCAGGUUUUUUUUUUGGAACGAAAGCAGAAAUCAUCCUGUAUCCUUAUGCAAUUCUUUCGGCAGGCUCCAACAGAUAAAUAAAGCCCACGACCCUCCAUGGGUCUGCCUUUCCCAGCAGAGCACCUGGGUUUGUCCUGCAGCCUCCAGCCACCUGCACACCUGCCAGGACCUCUCUGGGGCAGCCAUGAAGUCCCUCGUCCUGCUCCUUUGUCUUGCUCAGCUCUGGGGCUGCCACUCAGCCCCACAAGGCCAAGUACUGCAGUACAGACAACUGAACUGCGAUGAUCCAGAAACAGAGGAAGCAGCUCUGGCAGCUGUAGACUAUAUCAAUCAAAACCUUCCUUCGGGAUACAAACACACCUUGAACCAGAUUGAUAAAGUAACCGUGUGGCCUCGGCGGCCCUUCGGAGAGGUGUUUGAGAUGGAAAUAGACACCCUGGAGACCACCUGCCAUGCGCUGGACCCCACCCCUGUGGCAAACUGUAGCGUGAGACAGCUGAUGGAGCAUGCUGUCGAAGGAGAGUGUGACUUCCGGUUGUUGAAACUAAAUGGCCAGUUUUCCGUGGUCUAUGCAAAAUGUGAUUCCAGUCCAGACUCGGCCGAGGACGUGCGCAAGGUGUGCCAAGACUGCCCCCUGCUGGCCCCGCUGAACGACACCAGGGCAGUGCACGCCGCGGAUGCUGCCCUGGCCGCUUUCAACGCUCAAAACAACGGCUCCGUUUUUCAGCUGGAGGAAAUUUCCCGGGUUCAGUUUGUGCCUCUCCCACCUUCUACCUAUGUGGAGUUUACAAUGUCUGCGCCUGACUGUGUUGCUAAGGAGGCCACAGAGGCAGCCGAGUGCAAACUGCUGGCACAAAAGCAAUAUGGCUUCUGUAAGGCGACACUCACUGAGAAGCUUAACAGAGAAGAGGUUGCAGUGACCUGCACGGUGUUCCAAUCACAGCCUGCGGCCCCACAGCCCCAGCCAGAAGGUGCUGAUGCGGCAGGCCUCGCCCCUGCGGUGGACCAAGAUGUACUUGUAUUCCCUCCAUCUGGCGCAGAUGCUCACGCUCAUGCUAGCCCACCUUUUAUAAUGGGAAAUCCCCUAGGAUUCCCGUUGCACCUGGUGCACUACGACCUUCGCCACCUCUUUGUGGGUGGAAGUUUAAGGAUGACAGCCUUGGGAGAAGCGCGGAAAACACGCGCAGUUGGUGCUGCUGCUGGGCCAGCGGUUCCUCUGUGUCCAGGGAGGAUCAGACACUUCAAGGUCUAGGAUAGACAUGGCAGCGAGGAGGAGGUCUGGCACAGAAGAUGGAGCCACCAUGUUGUCCGAGCCUGGGCAUGGGUGCGGGCCUUAUCUGCUGGCCACACAAGUGUCACAUGUGAUCUACAUUAAUAUCAAGUCUUGGAUCCCUACUUCCCGUCAUCACAGGACAGAAGCAGAGGGGGUGGUGGCUGUGUUUGACAGAAGGCAUUAGGUUGACAACUUGUCAUGAUUUUGACAGUAAGCCACCAUUAUUGUGUUCUCUGCCUCUGGUUGACCUGACAGAAACCACUAGAACUGUGACUUUGAAAGAUGCUCUUGCUAAGCUUAUAUGUACCUGUUAAUAAAAGCGCCUGAAAGACCUUCCUUAAUAAAGAAGGUUCUAAGCUGAA